AUGGCUACCCUCGAGUUGCAGAGGCCAAAGCGCCUCUCGUCCAACCCUCCGCGUCGCUCGCCCGACCUCUCGAAUGCGCCCAUCACCCCCAAGUCCCCUACCAUCAUCCGCACCCACGACUUUAUUCUCUUGCCCUCGGUACCAACCCACGAACCAGAGGACAAUCUCCCCAGUCCAAUGGCACUGCAGCAGCAGUUUGCCAUGGCAGCUCACAAUCACGCUCAAGCAAUACGCAGCCGCCAAUGCUCAUCAACCGAUGAGGCCAACUUGCCAUCUAGCUCGCCCACAAACUCUUGCUAUCCCAGCACAGGCAGUAACGCCAGCCACGACCAGGAUGAGCUCGAGGAAAUCGUCGAUACCGAAGUAGACAAUAGCGAAUGCGAUCCAGUGGCGCAAUACGACGCCCUUCGUGACGUUCGCAACCAGCAGCUUGAGCAGCUUCAGUCGAUCCUCAACUCGAUCGCCGAGGUGCACUUUGACCGCACUUGCACAAGUGCUGUGCCCGACACUACCAUCACUCAGAUCCUCGACGAUAUGUUUGCUUCGCUCCGUCUUAUCGCCGGUCACAGUGCUCCUUUAUCUCCUACCUUUGCACGCUCGCCUACCACACUCCCCGGCAUCAGCCAGAUGUCGGAUGCCGAUCGUCUCGUCUUGCUCGUCGAUAGGCUCAAAUUUGCGCUCGCCGACGUAGAGCAUGCUCACCAAGCCAGCAUGCUCACCCAUCUCUCUUCGCUUGUUCACGAGCUCUUCACCACCCAACGUCGUCUCUCGCGUGCCGCCUUGGAGAGUCCUCCUCGAACGCCACGAAGCCUCGCUGCGCCGCGUCGUCGUUCCAUGCUUCCUCCGCCAUCGCACCAUUCGCCUCAGCCGAGCUACCACCGGCGGUUGUCGCGCACUUCGAUUGGCUCCAGCCAGUCGUGCACCACCGUCUCUACCUCUUCGGACGAAGCUAUUUCGACAGCCAGUUGCGAUCUUUUGCAGCAGCACAAGCACAUGCUCGACGUGGCUCAGACUCGUAAAGCUGCGUUGCCAACACCGCCUGUAGCACCGCAUGUGCCUGAGCAGCAGCACGUUGAUGGCUCCACCUUUGAGAUGGCCACCGUUCGACAGCCAUCUAGCGCCAAGGCCAUCAACUUUACUCUAGAGGCCCACUACGCACACCGCCCUUCUGCCUUGGGGUUGAUCACACCGCCAUCGCCUCGUUCUGACCAGGCUUCCGGUGCUGCUUCCUUUGCUGAAAGGUCCGAUUCGACCGCAUUGCCCAACCACAAACGCUUCUCGGUACAGACGGAUAGCGUUGUAAGCACCACUUUGCCCGGCUAUGCCUCGGAUGCUGCUCCUGGCUACGACGCCAUGAACCAUGUCUGCUUGGACAACAAGGCUCUCGGAUCGCACCAUGUCUCAGCGCCUGACGACUUGCCGCACUAUAACCAGAAUGCUGCCGCUACCGUCGGCGGCUUUGCGACCGACGCAAAAAAGCCGAUCGAGACGCCUACACUGCUCGAGCGACGUCGCGCCAAGCUCGCCGCUCAGAACAGUGCCUAUGCGGCUCGCACACGCGAGGACCUCGCCAUGGUAGAGAGCUCCAUUGAUCGUCUGUCCAGUGUCAUGCCUCAGCUCGAAAACCAGCGUGCUCUCUCCCCCCAAGAGCAGCGCGACGCACAGCUGCACAACUUAAUCGGACGCCUUGCCGAGUCGAGCUCCAAGCGCAUGGACAAUCAGCGCUGCGACCCGCCCGGUCGCUGCGCUUCUCGUUCGGCGCCGCCGCCUCUAUCUCAGAUUACUGUACCUGAGCAAGUGUCGGCUGUUGCCACGCCACCCGCCAAGGCGGCCGACCAAGCGGCUCUGUCCGAGAGCUAUGUGCCCAAGACGCCCAAGACGCCCAAGACGCCCAUCACGCCCAUCACGCCCGUCACACCCGUCACACCUGUUUCGAUGCACAGCGCCUCGUCAUCGCGUCGAAGCUCGCUGAUUCCCAACGUGUUUGCACGCAAGAUGUCGUUGACCAGUCUCGGAAAAACACUUCGUCGUGCUUCCAUCUACGAGGUCAAGCGCAAGGAGGAUACCAGUGUGACUCCCCAUAGUGUUGCCGAAUGUGGCCCGAGCGGUGACAUGACAGCCCGUCAUUGUCGUGCUACUACCCACGAUUCACGCGCCAAGUCGGACAUUGCCGAUGGACUUACCAGCCUAUUUAACGAUGGCAAGCCACGCAAGAAUAGCGUCGGCGAUUUGCGCAGUGCAAAUCGAUUCGCCUUGCAGACGCGCUUCCGUGCCAUUGACUUUUCCGAUGAUACCCCGCGCGGACGCGAUGCGAGUCUGGGGCAUCGCACGAGCGUCGAAGAGGAAGAAGACAGCAUGCUAGACGAUUACACGUUUGCCUCAAUCGACACCACCAGGUCCAACCACAGAUCGUCGAUCAUGUCCACGGAUCCGCCUCGCAGCCCCGCGAGUUGGAGCAGCGGCGGCGCGAGCCGUAUCUCUUCGCGUCGCAGCUCUCAGCUCACUUCGGACCGUUCCGACCGUUCGGACCCGGCGACACCGACGUGGCCCAGAUCGCCGCUUACGCCAGUCUCGCCUGUGGCCUUUAAACACGGAUUCAGCGGCCUGCAUUCGAAACCAAGUGUCACAUUUGCAGCCGAUCAUCCCCAGCCUCCUACGCCCCGCGAACAGCUGCUUUCGCCUCUCCGUCAGUUCUGA